AUGGCCGGCAGGAACGCCACAAAGUCGCCCCAGCCGCCCGUGCGCCGCUCGUCGCGCCAGUCGACCCCGACCCGCGACCACCUCGCCUCCCCACCGCCCACCUCGACUACGACCACGACCCGCACCACGCGCUCGAGUGCGGUCGGCCUCCCGACCUCGUCGUCCGACUCGCUCCUCCCGCCCUCGCUCGACACCCUCCCCGUCAGCCCUCGCGGCGGUGGACCUCGCAAGUCGGCCACCACCCGCGCUCUCUCGCCCCGCGUCGCCGCAAAGCUCCAGCGCCCAGCUCUGCCCGCCCAUGCCGCCAACAAGCAGCUCGCCGACGAGGCCAAGGCGUCCAAGGCGCUCCGCAUCCACAAGGUCAAGACCCAGACCCUCCACCUCGGCGACCCGAACGGCACCAUCACCAUCGCCCGCGUCAAGUGCCCUGUCCCCAAGGGCGUCCCUGGCCACAUCAUCAAGCGCUUCGACACCGACGCCGUCUCAGCCUCGUCCCUGUUCCGCGCCGCCUUCCCGACCGCGACCGAGGCCGAGGAGACGGCCGAGAUGCGGUGGAUCGCCAUCGGCUCGAGGGGCCAGUACGGCGACACCAAGGUCGCCGGCAACGAGGGCGACGAGAGCAAGAAGCUGAGCGGGACCUGGAUUCCGUCGCAGCACGCCGUCGCGCUCGCCAAGGAGUACGGCAUCGUGCGCUACGCCGCCGAGCUCAUCGAGUACGUCGAGCCGACCUCGCCGCAGCCUGAAGGUGCGGCCGACGACGAGCAGGCGACGCCUGGAUCUGCCGCUGCCACCGACGAUUCGCCCGCCGCUCGUUCGCCUCGCGCCAAGCGCGCCCGUGUCUCGUCGCCGCUCGCCAACAAGAGCUCGUCCGCCUCGACGGUGCAGGCGCUCUCGGGCGCGUCGGGGCCGGGCAUCUCGAUCCUCCAGACGCUCGCCACGUCCGACUCGGGUGCCAUCACCGAGACGACCGAGGUCAAGGUCGACGUACCCAUGACGGGCGACGCCGGCGACGAGGCGCCCCAGUUCGAGGACGACGCGGCGGCCCAGAUCGCGGCGGCGCAGAAGCUCGUCGACAGCCUCAAGAAGGAGCACGUCCUCGCCGACCUCGCCGACGCGUCGCACAUUCCGGACCCGCAGCCGUCGUCCGCCUCGACCUCGUCUGCGCCGAGCUCGACCAAGAAGCGCGCGCUCGAGGCCGACGACGACGAGCUGCCCCAGUCGGGCACGCUCGCCGACGCGCUCGGCACGGUCGACAACCGGUCCUUCUUCGCCAAGCUGUUCCGGCGCAAGGCGAACGGCAAGCGCCGCAAGCAGCCGACGCAGGCGAGCCGCGAGACGCGCGCGCUCCCGGCCCCGUCGCGUGCGCUCGCGGCCCUGUCGUCGUCGACGACGAGCCAGGCGGCGCCCGAGGUCGUCCUGCGCGAGGAGGACGGCGAUCAGGGCGAGGCGCGCCGGUGGGCGGCCGGGUUCGGCCUCGCGGUCGCGGUCGGCGCGACGGCUGCGGCGCCGUACCUGUUCGGCUAG